AUGUUGCACAUUGUUUUAUGCGUUUUGUCUUUAUUUUCUGUUAUUAACGGUCAAGUUGUUUUUGAUGCGGCGAAUUGUAGCGAAGCUAAUUUAAGUAAUUUCACUAAUUAUCAGUAUGUUAAUGUAACAAACGCUGAAGUUGUAAUAAUAGUGAAAAAUAUACCAUCUGCUUCAACGUUUUUUGUGAUUCAAGCUCAUAGUUUUUUGAAUGAUAUUAUAUUAAGCAAUAAUUCUGUUCCCGAACUACAUUUUUACAAUGAGGGAACAAAUGUUGGGCUAGUCCAGGUUACUUUAGGUAAAAGUAACUUCACCUUUUAUUUAUUAAACGCCAAUAAGAAUACAACUGCAAAUGUGCUUAUUGCAGUUACAUUAUACGCAGAAAAAGACCCUAUUCCAGGAGGAUGCAAUCUCGUAUUUGAUGUGGAAAAUGCUCCUUAUCAACUUAUAAACUACAACAAGAAUAUGGUAGAAGUCAGUGUCCAAGCACCUUCAGUGUUUGGACGCACAUGUGAAGAAAACAUUUUCAGCUUGGAAAUUUAUCGGAUAUAUUUGCCUGAGAAAGAAAUCAGCUCCGAAAGUUAUUUUAAUGGAAUAGAAAAGAUGAUUACAGUUGAAAGUAUCCGAAAACACGGUUGGAGAAUGCACAAUAAAACAAAUGGCCAUAAUAAACUUCGAGUUCUAUACAGUGCCUAUCCUGGUAUUGGUUCUGUGUAUGCCAUGAUCGCAGUGUAUAAAACUGGUGAGGCUGCUUACGUACCAGCAGUCACAUAUGCUUGUGAUGCAAAGAAUAGGAUGAUGGAUGAUUGUGUUCAACCAGCAACGCCAUUUUGGAAAAUGAUUUGCGGAAUUUCAAUAGCAUGGGGAUUAUUAAUGUGUUUAUUCGGUUUUAUGUUUCCUUUCCUUGUUUCAUAUAUCUUUACUGGAUUUAUUAUUGGAGCACUUAUUAUGUAUAUCAGAAAAAAAGUUAUUGACGAACUACUGAAAAAAACAGUCAAAAACGUAAUUCUUAAUAAAUUUUUAGAUUUACGUUUAUUUCAUUAUUAUUAUUAUUAUUCAUGUUUUACACUACAUAUAAUUAUAUUUCUGAAUAGAUCCCGGGCUUCCGAGGCUUCUAAGCCCACCACUGAGCCCGUUUAUUGCAUUAAGAUAAUAGAUAAGGUCUAUGUAACAGCGACAUCUAUGUUAUCGCAUGUCAUUAUUUGGAUGGCAGUAUGGUAUAAAUGUCGUUCAUUGCGUUCUGUUAUUGAAUUACUGCUGAACGGAAUGCUGAUUGCAUCAUUUUUUUUCCAAGUUUUUAUAGGUGACUUCUUCAUCUUUGAAAGCAAUUUAAAUUAUUGGGUAGUUUUUUGGGCUAUUGUCGUGGUUGUUGCAAUACUUCAAGGUUUGUGUUGCCUGCUACAAGUAAAAACCACUAACAGUGUUCUGGGUGCCUUUACUACCAUUUUAGCGAUAGAUUACUUUGCUGGAUCUUACGUACGAUAUAUCGUGAUCAACACGAUCAGGAGACUAACUGUCGACGAUUUCAAUCUAGCUAUCAUUAGUCCUCCUGCCCAGUUCCGAGACAUAUUGAUGUACUUUUCUUGUUUGGUACUGUUGGUAUGUAGUGCCAUUUUCAAUAUGUGUGUAGGCAUGGGAUCGGCUGGCUUAUCUGAUACAACUCCGCUGCUUGAUUAAGGAUCUGCUUCUUUUUUUAUAUAAAAUUUUGCUAUAUAUCUAUAUGACAAUAAAAACAUGUAUUUUUUUAAUCUUUCGUAAAAUCAAUAAAUAUGUAAUAACAAAAAGUA